AUGGAGGCGCCCAUCGCGGGGCAUUGUGGGCCGCGCGGGAGCGCGAUGGCGGCGCCCGGGCAGCGGGCGGCGGCGGGCUGGGGUCGCCGGUUGUGCACGGCGGCCGCGCCCCGGCCGUGGCGGCUCUUCGGCGCGCUGUGCUUGCUGAGGCUGCCCAGGAUCACGCAGCCCCUGAGGCGGGAGGAGGAGGAGAUGGCGGCCCUCAUGGGGCAGAUAGAGUUGGAGAAAAGCCGCUAUUCAGACCAUGAAAUUCGCAAGCUGGAGGAGGAAGAGCAGCUCAAGAGGAGGAAGGAAAGCAUGUACGAUGAUGAUGAAGGACCUGGCAAAACUGUCAUCAUGGCUCAAGACCUAGAGGACAAGUGGGAACAGAAGCUACUGCAGUUCAAAGCUGCUUCACGGAUAACAGAUGCUGAUAAAAACAACAUUCGAACAUCGUUGAACAGAAAGCUGGACAGUAACUUGAUGCUUCUGGUGAAACAGAAAAUUGGUAACCAGGAGCUGUGGCUCCUGCCUCAAGCAGAAUGGCAGGCUGGAGAGACGCUGCGAAGCACAGCUGAGCGAGCCAUGGCUAUUUUUCUGGGAGAUCACAUCCAAGCCAAAUUCCUGGGGAAUGCACCAUACGGGCUUUACAAGUACAAAUUCCCCAGGUCCAUCAGGACUGAGGAUAACAUGGGAGCCAAAGUAUUCUUCUUCAAAGCCUUCCUCCAGAGCAACGAUUUGUCCCAAGCAGAACUGAAAGAAGAUUACCUGUGGGUCACAAAGGAUGAGUUGGGAGGUUACUUGAAGUCAGAAUACCUGAAGAAAGUCAAUCAGUUCCUUCUGGACUUAUAAGUGCUAGGCUGUGCUCCAGCAGAUGGGGAGGACGUGGAACAUAACUCUGGGGAGGAGCACAGCUGCUGUUUUCCAUGGUCUGUGUGUAAGAGAUGUUGAAUUGGGCUCUAGAGGAUAAUUUGCCUUUGCCUUAUCUCCCAGUUCUCUUCCUCAGGCCUAUACUAAAUAAAUAUUAAAACUUAUACUUCUAA